AAGUGUUAGUGGUGGCGGGUGGUGUGAGCUGGGUGGUGAUGUAUUAAUGUUGGAAAGUUUGAGGUUGGAGUGGGAGGUCCUUGGCGCUGAUUGGCUGGCGGCUGCCUCGAGCUGCUCCUCGACCAAUGAGGACGAGGCAGCUCCAAGUCCCUUUCACCCAGCGCCAUAUUAAGUGACACCUGCAGCCUCCCUUCAUCUCUAGUAUGUUUUAUUUAAUUAUUUAAUUUUGAUUACUAUGCAAAGUGAAUACAAUAAUGAAAAUUCUAAGUUGUGUAACAAAUGCUUAUCUAUGUGACCUUGAACUGUAGAGUAUGUGCAACAUGCAUACUGUACUUGGAGGCUCUUUUACUAAUUUAGGUCUGUGAUUGAUAAUGGCAGUAGCUGGGAACUACUACUUUGCUAUUGUUGGUCACCAUGACAAUCCAGUGUUUGAGAUGGAGUUUACGCCAGCCAACAAAGAGCCCAAGAAGGAAGAUCACCGGCAUCUCAACCAGUUCAUCGCUCAUGCAGCCCUGGACCUGGUGGAUGAGAGCAUGUGGACCACAAGCAACAUGUACCUUAGACUGGUUGACAAGUUCAAUGAAUGGUAUGUGUCUGCCUUUGUGACUGCUGGUAGAAUACGACUUAUAUGUCUCCAUGAUGUGAAAAAUGAUGAUGGAAUUAAAAGCUUCUUUAUGGAAAUGUAUGAAACUUAUAUCAAGCACUCCAUGAACCCUUUCUAUACUCCAAACAGCCCCAUAAAAUCUGCAGCAUUUGAGAAGAAGGCACACUUUUAUGGGAGAAAGUAUCUAACUGGCUGAAAAUAAUUUUAAAUAUAAGAUAAUCUGCAGCAGAAUAGAAGACAGUGUUAAAGGUAUCCUUGCGAGGGAAAGAAUGUAGCAGACCAUCCAGUGGUGUAGCAGUGUGAGAAUAGCUAACAAUAACCUCUUUACCUCUCCAGUGACAGUAUGCCCAUGAACUAAUGAUACCAACCAUCUACUACCAGCUUGAUUUGUAUCUCAUGAAAGAAAAUAUAUAUUGGUAACUAAAGUAUGGAAAUUUGGGAGUAGAAAAACUUAAACUCAUCAAAGGUACUAUAGUAUAUGUUAAGUUUAGUUCUUGAAAAACAGCAAAGUCACUUAACUAGUUUUCUAAUCCGAUUUUGAUUCAGGAAAUUAGUUUAAUAGAUUUUGUGAAAUGACAAUGGAAGUUUUGUUGCAAUAGGCCAGUUUAUUGUAUAAAUGUGUACUGCAUUGGAUAUUGCCCGCCUUGGCCGAGUGAUGACACUUGUGACUCAGCUGGGAGGUCAGAGGGUCAAGCUUCCACAUUUCAUGCAGGUAUGCCUUUAAAAAAAAUGGCUGCAUUGAAUUACCUUUUUAUAUACUCAAAUGCAGUAAUAGAUGAAUUUUUACGUCUAAGAGUAUUAGAGCUCUGGAGGUUGGAAGUGCACAUUGAGUGAUGAGGUAGAAAUGUUGCAAUUCAGAGCAUUAUUUGUUGUAUGUUGUUUACUCACAUGUGGUGAGACAGCUAGAGGAAUAGUGAUGGUGAACGUGAUUCUGUCAGAGAACAAGUGAGGGUGAAUGUAAUUUCUUUGGGUCAUCCUACCUUAGUUUAAUUUUAUUCAGUAACUAAUAAACUAAUAUUUGCACAUACACUAACAAUAUUUUUCUUGAAAUCAAGUAAAUUGUGCAGAAUAUUUUCUGAUAUUUUAUGAAUUUCUCAGGAUAUAUACCAAAUACAGUGGACCUCCGGUUAACGAUAUUUUUUCACUCCAGAAGUAUGUUCAGGUGCCAGUACUGACCGAAUUUGUUCUCAUAAGGAAUAUUGUGAAGUAGAUUAGUCCAUUUCAGACCCCCAAACAUACGCGUACAAACGCACUUACAUGAAUACACUUACAUAAUUGGUUGCAUUCGGAGGUGAUCGUUAUGCGGGGGUCCACUGUAAUUCACAGAUGAGGGUUUUAAAAAUGGGAUUUGUAUGCAUUUUUGGACUCUACUUCAUCCCAUAACUAUGUUUGCCACUGACACAGAGGUAUGCUAAAAAAGAUAGAAAAUUUAACAGGAAAAUGUGGUCACAGAUUUAUAUUGCAUAUUUCCUUAUGUAUUACAUACAUUCCACACAUUUGUACCAUUUGUGUUUAAUGUAAAUAUUAAAGUGUGUUAUUAGGUCAUUUAUGCAAAUUAUAAUAUACAUCAUAAUUGUACAAGGUUUGCAUAAUAAAUAAAUUUUCUGAU